GUUACCACUUGAUGAGCGAUGGCAUUAAAAUGGUCAAGACAAACAAGAUGGUUUCCCGUUAUUUGCUUUCAUGUCGACGCGAACAAAGAGCUCCACCGUUGUUUGUGAACCUACUUAAACCGUGUGUGUGGAACUGCGGUCGUGUGUUGUAUUUCCGCAGAACAUAAACGCUUCACAGCGUGAUGCAAGAUAGCCAAAGCCCUAAAGCUACCACCACAACAACGAAACCUAUUAAAAGACCAAGUGGAUUAAAAAACAUUGCGGGUCCAUCGCAUGAGUACGGAGAGAAAAUAGCUAAUGGCAUUGCCCAAAGUUCCAGCAAGGAAACUGGUUCAACUUCACCUAAAUCACCAACAACUGAAGAUAGUGACCGCUCAGACAGUGGAAGCAAUGGUGAUAAUAUUCAUGUGGUUGUAAGAGUGCGGCCGUUGAGUGUACCUGAAAAACAACGCAAAGAUCAGGAUAUUGUCAAUGUCCCUGAUGAAGGGGCUGCUAUAUGGAUUGACAAUAAUAUUGGUCAGAGCAAACCAUUCACAUUCAACCGAGUUCUUCCUCAUAACGCUAGCCAGGAAAAGGUGUUUGAGGAAUGUGGAAUCAAACAUCUAAUAGACAUGGCACUGGAAGGAUAUUCCUGCACUGUGCUGGCAUUUGGGCAAACGGGAUCAGGAAAGACCUAUACACUGACUGGACCAGUGAACUUGGGCAGCAAUUGGGAUGAAAAUGGAAAUGCUCUUCAAAUAUCAGCUGAUUCAUUUGGACUGAUGCAAAGAUCGUUCCGUUAUCUCAUCAAGCAAAUGAGAAGCAAACAAGCAUCUUUCACAUUGAAAGCAUCUUACCUGGAGGUCUACAACGAGAGGGUACAAGACUUGUUGGAGCUGUCUUCUUCACGUGAUUCGCUCGUCGUCCGCUGGUCAGCAGAUCGUGGCUUCUACGUGGAGGAUUUGUUUUGUGUCACGUGUGAAAAUGAGGAUGAUCUGAUGGCUGUUCUGGAAGAAGGUUUGCAAAAUCGUCAAGUGAGAGCUCAUUGCAUCAACGAUCAUUCCAGCCGAAGUCACUGCAUGUUAACACUGAACCUGGACAUCGAAACAAGCGAAGCAGAUGAAGAUGGUGAUUUUGUCAUCAUGAAAUAUGGAAAACUUUGUUUUGUUGAUUUGGCGGGUAACGAACGAGUGAAGGAAACGAAAUCAUCUGGGGAAUUGUUCACUGAAUCACAGAACAUCAACAAAAGUUUACUAACUUUAGGUAACUGCAUAUCAGCAUUGAGUGAUGCUAAGAAACGAAAUGGACACAUUCCUUACCGUGACAGCAAACUGACCAAGUUAUUAGCGAAAAGCAUUGGUGGUGAUGGAAUGACGCUUAUGAUUGCCUGCAUAUCACCUUCCUCUUACGCCGUGUCUGACACAUUGAAUACCCUUCGUUAUGCACAGAGAGCGAAGAAGAUUAAAAAUAAACCAGUCGUUCAAAUGGAUCCCAAGGAGAAACUAAUUCUUAGUUUAAAACGCGAAAUUAAACUAUUACGAAAAGAAAAUUCGUAUUUUAAAAAUCAGUUUGGCGUUUCAUCAUCGCGUCCUACAUCAGCCUCUGUAUCAAGCGUUGAACCCUGGACUGAUGAUGGAGGGGAGAGCCUGAGAGAGACUCCUCUUUCGACUGAUACGGACGAAGAGAGAACGCCAACCCCUUGGCAGGCAAUGUCCGUUGAACGUUCAGCCAGUUUACCUCCGGGACUUUACGACAUGCUUCAGGAGUACAUGGUGGAAAAUGAAAACUUAAGGACAGAGAAUGGUGAUCUCUACACGAGCAGGGAUACAAUGAGAAGACAGAAUAUCGUAAUCUCACGAGAAAAUGAAAUGUUGGUAAAGAAGUUGGAACAAUUGGAAAGCCGAAGCUCCAGCGCUGUCUCCUCAUCGUCCCGCUUACCCAGUGGCCUGGGGCGGAUGAGAUCAUUAACAGACGACCCGAAACUACUCACCUCCCCCGGAACAUCGCCGUUGCCUAGCAACAAUAGCGUCAGCGACAGUGAUAAAGCAACUAGUAGUGAAUCAAAGGAUGUUGGUAACGCCACAACCCCGAGCAGUGUCGUCUGCUUACCUCCGGUGAGAAAAACAAGAUCAAAUCCCACGACCAGCCCCGAGAAAGCGCCUAAACCUGCCGGGCAGUCACGACCGCAGCCGACUUUACUGAAUAUCCAAAAAGAUGUCGAGUGGUUGGCGAAACAUCAAAGUAGACAAAACAGCAACGCUGAAACAAAAUCAUCGACUUUUUCCCAAGAUAAGGUAAAUAAUGAUGUCGAAGAGGGGAACCCAAAUGAACAGACGAAUGGUCCAAAUAGAAGCGUGAGAAUGUCUAAGAUUCCUCAACGAGCAAAAGAACCAUCGUCUUAUGCCAAGAUAUUUGCCAAACAUAAAGCUAACCAACCAAGGAGAGAUGAAACCGCUGAUGAACCGCAGGCCUCCGAUAGUGCUACCCACGAAGAAAAUUCAGAGUCUCGUGGUGAUGGCGAAGGAUCACACGGGAUAUCGAGGAUACAACCUGGGACAUCUAGGAUACCACAUUAUGCAGCAAAUCACUUCAAGGGUUACCCAUCGGAUCCUAAUCAAAAACUGCGCGAGGACCUGGAUCUACUAGCGAAUCAAAUCGACUAUUACAGACAUUCCUAUCCAGAUUCAAACAAUAGGACAUUGAACAGGCCCCGAUGACCUCAUAUAAUCGGGCGAUGGCGGAUGGCCUGCGAUGCAGGGAUGAUCGUGGACUAACUGGACCUCAAUGCAAAACACAUGCAUCUCAAAGAAAAGAAUUUACGCAAGCACUAAUAAGAUACAUCUCAUAACCAGUGGACUGCUGAUAAUUAUAUCAUAACGGGAUUUUAAGGCAUUAAAUAUUAUUUAUUGUGCAGUGGUUUCAUGCAUCAGCUAAGAUUGAAGGAGGCGAGGCGAGGAAGCCUUUAUUCAAACA